UCUAAGUUUUUGUAUGAAUCUUUGGUUUUGUUGAGUUUUGAAUCCAAAUUUCUCUUUUAAUCUUUUAUCUACCUUCUCUAAUUAUGAUUUCACAAAGAUCAAACCUAUUGCUUUCUGUAAUCAUGAUCAUGAGUGAGUAGUCAUUUAGAGUUCUUGGGUUAAGGUAGAUUAGGAUGGUUUAGUUGUUGGGUUAUGGAGUUUAGGGCUAGAUUACUUAAGAUCCUUACUUAUUGGUUGUUUAUAAUGCUAGAUUAGCCUUGAUCAUGUUGAUUUAGACUUUAGGGAUUUCAUGCCCGGAAGGGAUUUAGACUUUUGCUUUCCCUACUGUCUACUAUGUUCUAUUCUAGUGAAUGGUUUUGAUUUUCGAUUUGUUCUGUGAGAUGCUUUGUUAUAUGAAUUCUGGAAACUGUUUUUCUGUUUAAUAGUUUUCGGAGACGAAAAAUGUGAUGGUUAAUAAAUACCAAGGCAAAGCUUUUCUAUUGAUUGGGAAGAAGCAUGUUCAUAAGGAAAAUGCAAAAUUUAGAGGAAUAAAUUUCCCAACCCACCAAUGGUCUGUGCUCAAGAACAACUUCUCAGCGAUAGAGGAAGCUAUUAAGCACUUCCAGUUAAAAAAUGCAACACCAAAUGCAAAUACUUGUGAGGCUUUGGAUAAGAGCAGUCAAGGUUUUUCUCUUAUCGAGACUUCGCGAUUUGAUGGGAGGAGUUAUCUUUCAUGGGCAUCACAGAUGGAACUUUUUUUGAAGCAAAUGAAGCUGGCUUAUGUACUCUCUGAACCUUAUCCUGGUACUGGUAGUGGUAGCUCUCAAGAUUGGUUGAGAGAUGAUUAUCUUUGCCACAAUCACUUGAUGAAAUCCUUGUCUGAUGAUCUAUACCGUCAAUACUUGAAGAAAUUCAAGCAUGCUAAGGAACUAUGGGACGAGUUAAAAUGGGUUUACCACCGUGAGGAAUACAGUUCUAAGAGGACACUAGUCAGAAAGUACAUUGAAUUCAAAAUGGUUGAAGAGAGACCUGUUCUCGAGCAAGUUCAAGACUUUAUCAAGAUUGCAGAUUCCAUAGUGGGUGCUGGUAUGCUUCUUGAUGAGACGUUUCAUGUCAGUACCAUCAUUUCCAAGUUUCCUUCGUCGUGGAGAGGCUUCGUCACUAGAUUGAUGGAAGAGGAGUUUCUACCAGUCUCGAUGUUGAUAGAACGAGUAAAAGCUGAGGAAGAGUUUCUCAGAAGUGGAAAAAAAAGGGUUACAGUUUGUCCAGCCACAGGGUCUUCUCAGAUGGAAAUGAGACCGAGUCUAGGAACAACGCUUACAGGAUCUCAGAGUAUAGGUGUGAAGAGGAAAGAACCCGAGAGAGUCAUCAUAUCUGAUGAGAAAGCUCCCAAGAAACCAAAUCAGAUGACUUCUUCAGUCACCGCAUUUGUGGAUUCAGAGACUCAAGUAAGAACCAACAAUGAGGAGUAGUAGCUGAUAAUUUGCUUAAACAAAGAGUAUAAAGAACUGUUCAAAAUCUGUUUUUCGUUUCAAAUGCAGCUCUUGAUUACUCAAUAAACAGACACCAAUUAAGAUCGCAUGCUUUAACAAAUCUCUUACAACAGAACCAAAAACUUUUGGUCA